UUGAGCGUGCAGCUGCACCGCGCCCUUGCCACACCGCCUGCCCCGGGCGCCUCACUGUUCCGAGUCAGCGCUAGUUCAGAUGUAGCGGUCCUCCCUUUUCUCGCAGAUUUGCCAUAUCGUUUUCUGCUCUCCUCUUGCAUCCCCUCCGUGCUAUGGCCACCAAUGGCCUCAGGUCGACCUACGCCUGUCACUGUCUGAAUGUGCAGAUUACGCACGAACCUACCCCCGAUAAUGCACCUCCUGCCGACAACGCCUUCGCGUCCGUCCACUGCGGGGAUAAUGGUAUAGCUAUUACCCAUGUGCAGGCCACACUUAGGAACCGAAGUAGUAUGGUGCCCGACCCGCAUGGCCAGGUCCCGCGAAGUACACGAUUCAUCUCCCUGACAUGUCUCGUAUGCCAAACUCUGGUAUACCGAGCCAAACAAGUACUAUACGCUGCGGCAGACGGUGGCGAAGGGCCCGUUCUACCUGGAGAUAACUGGGCAGAGCAGGACGUGUUGAUGAGCGCGAGUGGCUGGGUAGAGGUGUCCAAGAACUGUCUGCUUCCGGCGUCGUUCUCUAAGGUCUUUGGCAUUGUCGUCCCGUCCGGAGAUCCGAAUAGGUCGUUUCCCACCCCUUCCUCCGUGUCGCCGCCGUCAAACAUGUCCGAAACACCGUGGAGACAUCUUCCUUCAUUACCACCGCUUUUCGCCCCGCCACCAUUCACACCAAGUCACCCAGUAUUCCAGCACUUCAAGUCGCUCGCCACGCGCGAAGCAGAAAGAGCACAAGAGGCGGCCGAGGCGCACCUUGCCAAGAUCGCGCAGGACCAGGCAGCGGAAUUGCAGGCCUUCGAGGUCGAGCUCAGACGGGAGGUCGAGGUCUUGUGGAGCCGGUUCAAAGACGGGAUUGAUAAGCUGCAGCAAGAGCCCAGCUCUUCUGGUCGUCCCACCUCGUCCAUGGCUAGGAGACGGUCUAGUCAGAAGGCAGCUGGGACUAGCCAUGGGAAUGGAGUCACCGACGAUCCUUCGGCCUCUGUGCGAAUCAAUGACUUCGUCCCAGCUCACAGUGUCCCCGCGCGCAUGACAUCUCCUACUUCGCCCCAUCAGGUGACAUCAGCCCUUUCUGCAUCACUGGCCACGUCUUCCUUCCAUUAUCCGGGUGAUCGAGGGAGCGCUACACGUAAUGAAGGCAUAUCGUCAAGAUCCCCACCGUCCAGCGCUGCGGCAUCUUCUCCUGGACGCUCUAGCAUGACCCGAGUCGUCUCCCCCUCCACCGCAUCUUCGCGCACAGUAGCAAUGGGCGCAUUCGACGCAGAGGGUAGCAUUCGUGACGCGUAUAGGCGAAACAUGGACGAGUCGAAGGAUAUCGCCACGAGCUACAGAUAUGUACUUGAUUUGGAAGCUCAGAUGGCGGAACGCCAAAGGGCCUCCUCGAGUACGCAAGAAGCUGGUCCGUCUAGCGCAGGUACGACCGAUACCAUCUCCCCUACAGUCGUACCUCGCGGGCGGUCACCUCGCGGUACCAAGAGCUCAAUCAAGAAGGGCAAGGAGAAGGAGAACGCACGACCUGUUACGCCGACCAAAGACCAGGAGUCGGAAACUGCAGCCGAGUCGGGUGCGCCUACCAAGGAGGUCACGCCUAAAGGCAAAAGAAAGGUUACUUUCGACGUCAAGCCUGAAAUCACUAUCAUCGACAGCGAGACCGCGGAUGGCGAAAGGGAGAAAGAUGCCGCAGAGGAAGCGGCCAUUUUUGACAUGGAGGGGGAAGACAAUCCCGAGCAGCCCAGUUUGCCCCCAAGUCCAACUGUGCUCACCAACGGCAAGUCGACCACCACGCCCCCGCCCCAAGUUACGUCGCCUUCUCGACGCAGGCGCCCGCGCUUACAAGAUGCCUAUGGUCUUCCUUCGUCCUUAUCAUCUCUCCGACCAUCGUCGCUGCCAAACAUACAGAGCAUGCGACCCCCCAUUACCCGCAGAGUCGAGUCUGAUCGGCCGCGCAGCCAGGCGAAGGAACAGGUGGGGAAAGCCGACAGAGUCCACACCAAUGGUGACAAGGCGGAGGACGAACCUCCUUUAUCGCCCGACUCGCGAGAAGCACAUAUCCUCAAUUUAGUGGCAGCCAGUGUACCUAGUCACAGGAGCGCCUGGAAGAAGGAUAGCAAGGCCUGGCAGGUCUUCGUCGAGCGCCAAGGACGACGGAGCAAGGAGCUUGGCCCGGUCUCCAUCGAAGAGGAAGAGGAGAGCGACAGUACUGUCCACCACGAUAGCGCGCGGUUGGGCCGCUAUUUGGACGAGUUCGACGACUACGAUGACGAGCCGUUCAAUGGUCACACCAUGAGUCGUGAAGAUCGCAGCCUGACAGAGCGCAAUACAAUCGCCUCGUCACUCCCGAUACCAAUCAUGCGCAACUUACCCAGCGCGCCGCUGCAACCGAAGACGUCUUUGACGGAUCGUCCAGGGCUUCUCGUGCCAGUUUUGCGAACGUCAUCGUCCGCUGUGCGCAGACAGGUGUACGCGGAGCGUGAUCGGAACCGCCAGAUCGACCCAGGCGCGUUCGAGCUUGACGAUGUGGCCGAUGAUGAGGAAGAGGACGAUACAAGACCAAAUCCUCCUGUAGGCUCUCUGGCGGAGAAGCGUGCAUUGCAGAUCUUGGAAGCUGCCGAUGGAGUACCCUCGGAAGGCAUGUGGCGAAGUUUAGCAGCAUGAUGUUUAAUUGUUGUGUGUCCAUUGACAAUCUUACCGUAUUAGUCCGCAUAAUGUCACCCCAGCACGAACGUUGUUGUAGCUAACAGCGCGUAUCAUUAUCUACGUCUAGUUCGCUGUGUACCAUUGUUCUGCAAUGCUAUCGUGUACAUUUUAGUGUCAGUAAUACCAGUUUUCCAUCAGUUUGUGCGCUAC